AUGACCCGCAAACGAGUCGAAGCCACUGUGGGGUUCGCAACCACCAUAAUCAGUGCGAGUGUAGUGCGCUCUGAAAGUAAGCUUAGAGCGAAGCGACGCCUUAGCAAGAUUGCCCUCGCACUACGGGGCAGCGUCGCUAGCCUGGGCGAGGCCGGGCCUCCGCACAAGACCUGUUUCUCGCCGUGGUACGCGAUCGCCGUACCUGUGGAGGAGCUGGAUCUUCCUUUAUGUCUAGAAGCCGGACAGACUUUUCGCUGGAAACAACGCGAGAAUGGUCUUUGGUGCGGCGUACAUGCUGAACUCGCUUGGAACCUCUACCGACCCGAUGCCACCACGCUGCGCUACUGCUACGCGCCGGCUACCGUUGAUCCAGUUCGCGCCCGCCUCGUGCUACAGGAUUUUUUGCGGCUAUCCGAUGAUGCACCAUCUCUAGUCAGUUUAUAUGAGGAUUGGAGCAGCAGUGAUCCGCAUUUUCGUAGCGUUGCACCUUUCUUCCAGGGAACGCGAGUUCUUCGCCAGGACCCGGUCGAAUGUCUGUUCUCGUUCCUAUGUUCGAGUAAUAACCAUAUUCGACGCAUCUCGGGCAUGGUCGAGUUUCUCGCUCGACGCUACGGGCGGGCGAUCGGCUCUGUACCCGCGGGUUUGGCCGAUGAUGAAUAUUACGCAUUCCCGAGCGUUGCCGAGCUCGCAGCUCAAGCGAGUGUUGCAGAACUGCGGGCGAACGGUUUCGGGUAUCGUGCGGAAUUUGUGGUGAAUACUGCGAAGGAGCUGGAGUCGCGCGGCGGCAACUCGUAUCUGCGAGGUUUGCGGUCUCGGGAAAACAAGGAUGAGGUUAUUCGGGAACUUGUAACAUUGCCAGGUGUCGGGCGCAAGGUCGCUUCGUGCAUCGCGCUGCUGUCGUUGGACUGCGCGCACGAGGUGCCCGUCGACACGCAUGUGUGGCAACUGACGCUGCGCCACUACGCGCCGGACUGGCGAACGAAAUCCCUGACUGAGAAGCGGCACGAGGAGAUCGGUGCGCUGUUCCGAGAGCGUUUCGGACCGCUUUGCGGCUGGGCACACCAGGUGCUCUUCAUUGCAGACUUAGACGCCUUCCAGGAUCGAUUGCCGGAAGCUCUACGAGCAGAGCGUACGCUUGCCCGGAAGCGGACGCGGGCAGCAAUAUCUGCUCGAAAACCUGCAACUCCGCCAGCACAGCGGUCCGAAUAG